GGUGAUAGAAAAUCAGAAAUUAAGAUUCUAAGCAUUGGCGGAGGUGCAGGUGAAAUUGAUCUUCAAAUUCUUUCCAAAGUGCAGAUUCAAUAUCCGGGAAUUCAUAUCAACAAUGAAGUUGUUGAGCCAAGUGCUGAGCAAAUUGCCAAAUACAAAGAGCUUGUAGCCAAGACAUCAAACCUCGAGAACAUAAAGUUUGCUUGGCAUAAGGAGACAUCAUCUGAAUAUCAAAAUAGAAUCAUAGAGAAAAAAGAAUUUCAGAAGUGGGACUUUAUUCAUAUGAUUCAGAUGCUGUAUUAUGUAAAAGAUAUCCCAGCUACCCUGAAAUUCUUCCAUAGUCUCUUAGCUACCAACGCUAAGAUGCUCAUUAUUCUUGUGUCAGGAGUCAGUGGCUGGGACAAGCUGUGGAAAAAAUAUGGAUCCCGCUUACCGCAGAAUGACCUCUGUCAGUAUGUCACAUCUUCUGACCUCACUCAGAUGCUGGAUAAAUUGGGGAUUAAGUAUGAGUGUUAUGACCUUCUGUCCACCAUGGACAUAUCUGAUUGUUUUAUUGACGGCAAUGAAAAUGGAGAACUACUUUGUGAUUUUUUGACAGAAACCUGCAACUUUAAUACAACAGCACCACCUGAUCUCAAAGCAGAAAUUAUGAAAGAUCUGCAAGAGUCUGAAUUCAGUGUAAAGAAAGAGGGAAAGGUUCUUUUUAAUAAUAGUCUGAGUUUCAUAGUGGUUGAGGCAUAAAUAUCAAUCAUGAAGGUGUAUUCAAAAAUUAUAUUUUGAAUAAUGUUGAUCAUUUAUUUCUAUAUUAAAAUUAUAAACACAUCUCAGUAUA